CAGCUUCUGGGAUUGUAGUAGCGACAGUAAGCCCGGAAGAGUUUUGUUUUCUGCCCUGGUAAAGAUAUAAGCGCAUGACAAUCCGGUGGCAUGUGUGCGUUAAUGGUUGCAGUGUGCAGAACACUUUGCAGAAAAUGAUGAAGAGGUGCCACAAUCCUGAGACCCGGAGGAAGAUGGAAACAGCUUUCCACAGCAGGUGUAAACAGGUGAAGACGACGAUUCUUGAACAGCUAAUCCAACUAAGGGCAAAGGUGGCAGACUUACUCGGUUACAGCAGCCAUGCAAACUAUGUGCUGGAGAUUAACAUGGCUAAACACGCAGGCAAUGUGUCCGGCUUUAUAGGUACACGCCUUCUGAGACACACUACAAGAGAUGAGAGAGAUCCCACGCUACAUAUCUGGCCAAGAUCCAUCAACUGUCAUCAGGAUGUGUGAUGCAAGAACUGUUUACAAAAACUGUUUACAUAUUUACCUAUUCCUCUUUCUUGAUAUCAUUUCUUAAAAAUCUUUUUGUAGCAUUUGUGUUUGCAAAUACUUAUUUUUAGUCCUUGUUAAGAGACAUUACUUCCUGUUUACUACAGCCAUGCAUAAUGUCAAAAUUUGAUGUAAUUACUUUGUGUAUCCUGAUUGAUUUUGUUCAAAGCCAUUUGAUGGAAACAUGCCUUGUUUGCAUUUUCUAAAUGUUAAUACUAAUGGUUAUGCACUAAAACAUUU